AGGAACGUCUCAAUUCUCAAGGAUGCGUUCUCUGUCCUCCCGUCCUUCCGAGUUCGUUCUUUCAAGGUCGCCUGGCAAGACCGGUACCGAGUUCUUGUAAUAUGCAAAGCGUUAUGGGAAGUCAAGGUGCAUAUUUCUAGAGAAACCUUAAGUGAAAGCGAAACCCCCAAACGAAGGAAGGAAGUGCAGACUGUUGACACGUAAUUUUGUUCAACCAGAGACUGACACAGAAUGGCCACUGCUAAAAGAGUGAUUUAUAACACACUUGAGAAGCUUAAGAGUGAUGAUUUCACAGCAUUCAUCUGGCACCUGGAGAAUCCUACAGAAGGCAUCGAGCCUAUUCCUGAAUCAAAGCUUGAGAAUGCUAAUCGUCAAAAAGUUGUGGAUCUCAUGGUAAAGCAGUACACUGAUAAGGCUGGGACUAUUGCAGUAAAAGUGCUGCGCGACAUGAACCAAAAUGAUCUUGCAUCCGAUCUUGAGCGGAAACUUCAGGGAGAUGUUCCUGCUGGAGGUGGAGCUUCAUCCAGUGGGACAUCUGUAACUCCUCAGACAACUGGAGUUACACAGAAUAUUAAUACUUCAAAUGGAGGAACUGUAAAGGCCCAUGUUAUUCAAGGAGGUGUUUACAACGCACCACUGACCUUCAACUAAUGAUCAGGGAUCUAUCUAUCUAUCUAUCUAUCUAUCUAUCUAUCUA